UCACUCGUCCCACUCAGAAACUCGGCUCUCUCGGCAUCGCUUCAUUCCCCAAUCGGCCAAUCUCCAUGGCGCCGCCGCCGCCGGAGUUGAUCGACGACGCCAUCGCAGAGAUCAUCCUCCGCCUCCCACCGGAGGAGCCCCAGUACCUCUUCCGCGCCUCCCUCGUCUGCAAGCCCUGGCGCCGCCUGCUCACCGACGCCGCCUUCCUCCGCCGGUACCGCCGCUUCCACCGAACCCCUCCGCUGCUUGGGCUCUUCUUCAUCGUUUACCGCCGUGGCGAGGAUCCCCUCCCUCGCUUCAUUCCCACCACAUUACCAUCCCCCUUCCCCAACCCGAUGCUGAACUGUCGCUCCUGGGUCUCCCGCGACUGUCGCCAUGGGCGUGUUCUCUUUCAAAACAUGGAGAGCCGCAAAUUCAUUGUCUGGAACCCAAUCACUGGUCACCGGAAGGAGCUGGACCUGCCCCGCAUCCCGUACGAGUCCUUCUCUGUUGCCGUGCUCUGCGCCGUGCCCGGGUGUGACCACGGCGACUGCCACGCCGGACCAUUCCUCGUCGUCUGGGCGUGCAAUGAUGUCGUCCACAUUGACAGUCUGGAAGGGUCAGCACAUGCGUGCGUGUAUUCAUCUCAAGUGGGUUCCUGGGGCAUGUCAGUCUCUGUUCCUAUUGAUGUUUAUGACUUCGUGAACAUGAGGAGUCAUGGUGCACUUGCUAGAGAUUGUGUCUACUUCAUGCUUGGGAGUGGGAUGGGUUCUAGGAUCCUUAAGUACAACUUGGACAAGCAUUGCUUGUGUGUCAUUGAUCCUCCGGAACCGUGCGAGAAUGACAUUUUUGUCGUGCCAACUGAGGACGGCUUGCUUGGGGUCGCUGGCAUCAAGGGCUCCAGCCUUUACCUAUGGUCGAGGAAGGUGAAUGCAGAGGGAGUUGAAGGAUGGAUGCAAUACAGGACGAUUGAGCUACAGACUCUGUUCCCGGAUGACAAGCUUUUAGAUGAAGCUAUUGUGAUUGCUUUUGCUGAGGGUGUCCGUUUCAUCUUCAUGGACACAUCUUGUGGUAUCUCCAUUAUUGACCUCAACUCAGAGGACGCGAGGACGUUAAGCGAGCCUGAGAUGCACUAUGCUGCUGUACCCUUCAUGAGUUUCUACACACCAGAUUGUGCUUGUGGGAAAUUGCCAUUACCAGCAGAGACAAAUUAAUCAUUGUCAAGCUAAAUCUUCGAUUGUUGCCUUGUUGGAGCAUGUUGUGGGGCUGAUGCUCUGAAAUGGUUAUCAGUACUUUGUUGAGUACUUGAAUUAAUAUCUUGUGAUGUAAGCCCAGUAAGCCACUAUGACCAGUUGUCGACCUGAUGUUCUUCUGUAUCUGUUAUGAUCGUGAUUGUGAUUGUGAUGACUAUGUUUGUGGUUUGGAGUUCAUCUUCCUUGAUUAUGGCUAUAUUGAUGGUUGACAGGAGUUAGAACAUGCAUAUUUGGCUCACUAGAGUACUAGACUAAAUUGAAUUUGGUUUCCUGAGUUUAGUUUUUCACUUCCUGAAUGAGGAUAGUUGUUUCAACUUUUAUCUGGAAUACAAUUGGUACACUAUCUCUAA